UACAAGUACAGUUAUUUUAAUAAUUUUAGUAUUUAGUUUUCUCAGAAAUUAAUAGAUAUAAUGUCUCACUACAAUAUGCCAAUUGCUGAAUAUGUGUACACAAAACACUUCGAAGAAAUGAAUGUAGCUCAAGAUGUUUAUUUAACAUUUACUGACAAGAAGAAUUCUAACGAUCGAUUUUUGUAUGUUUAUGACUUACUAAAACAAUAUGAUUGGUUACCUACAAAAUGUGACAGUUAUAUUAGACUAUCACAGGCGCAUCGACGAUGGAGAAAACGACUGAAAAAAAGCCUUAAAAAGGUUGGAAUAUUUAUUAAUAUGGAUUGUACCACAGCAAACAAAAAUAAUGAUACGUCUGAUCAAUAUAGAUCACGUGGAAAUGAAGCGUUUAAAAUUAAAAAUUAUGAGGAAUCGUUAAAAAUGUAUACUCGAAGUAUAAUGACUGCAGAAAUUGACUCUCCCAACUUUGCUUUAUCAGUGGCAAAUAGAUCUGCUGCUUUAUAUUAUUUAGAAGAGUAUGAGCAUAGUUUAAAAGAUAUUGAUCAAGCAUUUAAAUCCAAACAGUAUCCAUUGCAGAAUCAUUAUAAGUUAUUUGAAAGAAAAGGAAAUUGUUACCGUCAGAUAAACCAACCAUCUAUUGCUUUAGAAUUCUAUUGGGAUUGUUUAUCAUGUUUAGAUAGUAAUACAUAUUUAACACUAGAUGCCAAAGCAAAAAUCAAAAUCAGAAUAUCAGGAUUCGUGAAAAAAUCUGAAGAGGCAGAAGAAAAAAUUAAAAACAUGAAUUUUAAAUAUAAAAAAUUCAAAAAACUUGUAUUUGAUAAAAGUUCUAAUUUAUCGAAAUGUGUUGAAAUACAAAAUUCAAAAGAAAUGGGGAGAGGAUUAUUCGCAUCAAAAAACAUAAAGCCUGGUGAAAUAAUUAUUAUAGAAGAGCCCAUUGCUGGUGUAUUUAAAAAUAGUAAGUGGAUGUUCAACUGCAAUUAUUGUUUCAAACGAUGUUUAUCAGCUAUACCGUGUUCUAAAUGUUCACAGGUUAUCUACUGUGAUGAUGCAUGUUUACAAAAAGCGUUCGCCAGUUACCAUAAUACAGAGUGUUCAUUAGUCUAUCCUCUUAAAGAGGACCCAACUGUUGAACCCACUCACGAUCUGGCUUUACGUUGUUUCAUGCAGCUCAUAAAUGUAAUGGGUAUCGAUCAUUACUGCUCAAUGGUACAAAAGUAUAAUGAAUCAAACUUUAGUUUUGGCGGAAGUAGCAACCAUUUAAUAGACCCUUUUUACUCAAUUUAUGCAUUGGAUGGAAAUGAAGCCAAAAGAACAGUCUCCAAUUUAUUUUUUAUGUAUUGUACUGCAUCAAUGAUGGUAUCUCUAUUGUUGUUAAAUAAAUUUGAUAUCCCAUCAAAUUUGUUAGGCACUGUUGGCGAAUCGCUAGUUCAUUUGCUAUGUAUAGCCAACUUGAACUCUUAUGCGUCUAUAGAGCUAUCUAAAUAUAUCGGAAACAGCAGUGAUAAUAUUGUCGCAAAUCGACCAGCAAUUUUUGAUUCUGUUGCUUUAAUUCUAUGCUCUGCGUACAGUUUGAUAAAUCAUUCAUGUGAUCCAAAUGCGAUAGUUCAAACGUAUAGUGGUAUAGAAGUGACUCGGGCAAUACAACCAAUUUUAAAAGGAUCUCAAAUAUUUACUGAUUAUGGCGUCAAAUUUAUGUCACAUACUAAAGAAGAACGUAGUAUACAUUUAUUUGAUCAGUACCAAUUUCAAUGUCAGUGCCAGGCUUGUAUGAACAAUUGGCCCAACUAUGCGUCAAUGGAAUUCAAUGAAUUAUUUAUUGGCUGUGACUCACUCUCUAUUAACGACGAGGACAAUGGCCAGCUUAGUAUUCCAAAAUCAACUUUAUCCAAAUUCAAUAAAAUCGUAAAUUUAUUAUUAACUAAACGCAAGAUAAAUAUUGGUGACAUUCAGUUCUACUCUGAAGCUGAAUGCAAGGCAUCGUGUGGGCCGAGGGGACUAGGCAAACUGCACAUGCGACGGUGUGUGUUACGUGUGCUGGAUAAAUGUCGACCCGAGUACGUUGAUAGCGAUGCUCCGUGUUUAAUGUUUGACAAUACUUGCGCCUUGGUUCCAUUCAAACCUGAAAGCUAG